UAUGCCCCACCUUGUUUCGGUCACGUGACCUGAGCCUACGAAGAUGGUGGAAGUUUCUUCUUCCUUGAAGUGAAUCCCCGACUUGAAACCCAAACAUCCUGUUCACCGAGGGCUGGCAGUUCACUGCGGCGUUAACACUUUGGUAUCACAGCCUCCUUUCGGUUCCGGGCCUGCAUCCCAGCCCUAUGUCAUGGACAGUGGAGUCACCAAGUCGGGCACUUCUAAUGGGUACCCUAUGAAGGCACAGCUACAAAUCAUUGUGCUAUCAGCAAAACUGAAAGACAACAAGAAGAACUGGUUUGGUCCCAGUCCUUAUGUAGAAGUGACGGUCGACGGCAAAUCCAAGAAAACAGAGAAGUGCAACAACACCCACAGCCCCAAAUGGAAGCAGCCGCUCACUGUGAUUGUGACUCCGUUCAGCAAACUGGUGUUUCGCGUGUGGAGCCACCAGACCCUAAAGUCGGACGUGUUGCUUGGCAUGGCCACGCUGGAUGUCAGUGACACACUCAAGUCUAACGAUAUGAAAAUCUCUGAGGUGGUGCAGACCUUACAGCUGUGUGCAGACAGAGACCAGUCAGAUGUGGUAGGAGACUUGUCCGUCUGCUUGGACGGUAUGACUGUUGACCCUGAGAUGUUUGCCACGGCUGAAGCCGACCAUCACACUACAUCAAAUGGGAAAUCGCAACCUAAUGGGGAUUAUUCCAUAAGGCGGAGUAGAGACAGUUCUCCCGCUGUGGAUGGUGUAGAGCACCGGCCUUCUCCCGGUGGCCAGAGGUCAGUGAAAAGCACUGGGUCUCCCUCAGUGUCAUCAGGGGGCUCGCGGCCCCUCCGACCACCCAGGCCCUCCAGACCUCCUCCUCCAACCCCACGCAGACCCACCUCUUCACCAGCAUCUUCCAGCAACGGCUCUGCACCAGCUGAUGCCAGUGAUGGCCAAUCAGGUUCCGACACACCGGUGCACUCAGGACCCUCAUCGGCCUCAGACGCCAGUCCUUCUGCAGGCUCGGACAGGGACUCCACAUCAGCCGCUAGCUCUGUACCCACAGCAACCAGACAGCCAACCAGCAGCGUCACGCCUGCUGUCAGUCCUAGGGUCCCUGCAGUCAACCCUGGGCCGCUGCCCCCCGGAUGGGAGCAGAGAGUGGACCAGAACGGCAGGUUGUAUUUUGUCGAUCACGUGGAAAAGAGAACAACGUGGGAACGCCCUGAACCACUGCCCCCUGGCUGGGAACGCCGUGUCGACCAGAUGGGGCGAGUCUACUUUGUUGACCAUGUGAAGCGAACCACCACGUGGCAGCGCCCCACAAUGGAGACGGUGCGUAACUACGAGCAGUGGCAGCAUCAGCGGAGCCAGCUGCAGGGCGCCAUGCAGCAGUUCAACCAGAGGUUCAUAUUUGGGGCGCAAGAGCAGGUCUCAGCCACUCAGAAUAAGGAGUUUGAUCCUCUCGGGCCUCUUCCACAUGGAUGGGAGAAGAGAACAGACUCCAACGGCAGAGUUUAUUUUGUACAUCACCCUACACGGUCAACACAGUGGGAGGACCCUCGAACACAGGGGUUGUUGAAUGAGAAGCCACUUCCAGAGGGCUGGGAGAUGAGGUUUACUGUAGAUGGUAUUCCUUACUUCGUCGACCACAACAGGAGAACAACCACCUACAUUGAUCCUCGCACUGGAAAAUCGUCACUUGAAAAUGGGCCUCAGAUCACCUAUGUUCGAGACUUCAAAGCCAAAGUACAGUACUUCAGAUUCUGGUGCCAGCAACUGGCGAUGCCUCAACACAUCAAGAUCACUGUUUCCAGAAAAACGCUGUUUGAAGACUCCUUCCAGCAGAUCAUGAGCUUCAACGCUCAGGAUUUGCGAAGGAGACUGUGGAUCAUCUUCCCUGGAGAAGAAGGCCUCGACUAUGGAGGCGUCGCAAGGGAGUGGUUUUUCCUGUUGUCCCAUGAGGUGCUGAACCCCAUGUACUGCCUGUUUGAAUAUGCUGGUAAAGAUAACUACUGUCUCCAGAUCAACCCUGCCUCCUACAUCAACCCUGACCACCUCAAGUAUUUCAAGUUCAUAGGACGCUUCAUCGCCAUGGCUCUUUUCCAUGGAAAAUUCAUCGACACAGGUUUCUCACUGCCAUUUUACAAGCGCAUCCUAAACAAGCCGUUGGCCCUCAAAGACUUGGAGUCAAUUGACCCUGAGUUCUACAACUCCCUCAUGUGGAUCAAGAAUAACAACAUCGAGGAGUGUGAGCUGGAAAUGUUCUUCUCUGUUGACAAAGAAAUCUUGGGGGAAAUCACCACCCACGAACUGAAACCAGGAGGAGGAGACAUCCAGGUCACUGAGGAGAACAAAGAGGAGUACAUCAGGCUGGUGGCAGAGUGGAGGCUGUCCAGAGGAGUGGAAGAGCAGACACAGGCUUUCUUUGAAGGCUUUAACGAGGUCCUCCCACAGCAGUACCUGCAGUACUUUGAUGCUAAAGAGCUGGAGGUGAUGCUGUGUGGUAUGCAGGAGAUUGACCUGGCAGACUGGCAAAGAAACACCAUUUACAGACACUACGCUCGCAGCAGCAAACAGAUCAUCUGGUUCUGGCAGUUCAUAAAGGAGAUGGACAAUGAGAAGAGGAUGAGGCUGCUGCAGUUUGUCACUGGUACCUGUCGCCUGCCUGUAGGAGGCUUCACUGACCUCAUGGGAAGCAACGGUCCCCAGAAGUUCUGUAUUGAGAAGGUGGGAAAGGAAAACUGGCUUCCCAGAAGUCACACAUGCUUCAACAGAUUGGACUUGCCGCCCUACAAGAGCUACGAGCAGCUGAAGGAGAAGCUGAUGUUUGCCAUCGAGGAGACAGAAGGUUUCGGGCAGGAGUGAGAGAAACCAGGAGGAGAUUAAAUAGUGGGUGCAGGAGUCUGAAGGAAUAGACACCACCAGUAUUCAAAUCAGGGAGCCUUUUCAGAAUAGGCGGGUGUUUCAUAUGUUUGUGCUCAUGCAUGCAUGCACCUGUAUGGUACUUACAUGGGUGCGGGUACAAGACUGUUGCCUGCAUGUUGUUGCGAAGGAGCUGGCGUCUACCCUGCACAAUACGCUCGCAGCGGGCCUCUCAAUUCCUGAUUGGUACCUGAAAAUUUAGUAUUCUUUGAAACCAAAAUACAGAAGCUGCUCCUGUUUCUCAGAACGUGCGGCAAAUUAUGCAUGGGAUCCUGUAACCUCACCCUUUAUGACAUCUGUUUAACGGGACAGCAGUAGUUUUUCUUCCCCACACAUGUGAUCUUGUAAUGGAGAGCAACAAGGCGGCCUCAGAGUCAGUGUCAAAAUCUCAUAACCAGAAGGGUCACAGGUUCCAGCAGUCAUGUCUUAUCAAGGUGUCUCUGACUACCUGAUUUCUUCUUAUUAAGUUGCUCUACAUUAAAACAUCAGCUAAAUGUCAAAGUGUUCAAAGGCAGGAUUGAGAGGGUUAAAACAGGGUUAAGUUUCACCAAAAGUCAACUUUUUUGCUCUAAGAUUGUUUGUUGCAUUAGAAUGAGUUUUGCUCGCUUUCAACGUCAUCCACAUCAUUGUCAUUUCCCAUCAUAUCCUUAAAUUUCUCACACUUUUGUCUGCAUCUCUCCUCAUGACUAAAGUUAAUCUUUAAAUUGAACAGUAACACAUGACAAUAUAAGAUGAUAGGUUUGACUUAGUGGAUCGACAGUACUUUAUGAAAAGGAGUUAUCCAAAUUAAUGCUAAACUACAGGCAGUCUUGGUGCUUCAAAGAUAUUUGGGAGACAUGCUUGAUAUAAGUGAAGAGUGAGAAACAGUUUUGUAUUCCUAGCUCUAUAGUAUUUGAUCUGUGAACUGCUUAAUGAUUGUGAAAAGUGUUGUAGCCUCCAAUAUUUAUAGUGGUGGUAAACUUGGAAGACUUCAACAGAAAUUAAAUUGACCCUAGUUUUAUAGGGCCAGAGCUUGUGCGCUGUGAUGCAGGAUGGGAUUUAGGAGUAUUCUGGGAGAAUCUUAUAAGUUAUUCAUCUCAAUCUUAUGUCAACGGAUUUUUUUACACCUUCCUUCUUUUAAUUCAUUGGGUGGACUAGUGGAUUUUCCUGAGGAAAAAUUCAGGGAAUGAAGUGAGUAUUUUAAGAUGGUGUUUGAUGUGUUCAGUAAUUAAGAUGUAUUUGAUCUAAUGUAUCAGAACCUUUAAAACCUCAAAACACAAGUGGAAAAAUACCAAAAUGCAAGUCAAACCAAAUCAAUUUCGUGUCAGUUUAGGUAAAAUCCUAAAUGGCAUUUAAAAUGCAAAACUCAGAAAGAAACUCCAUGUAGCUCCACUUACACAUGUAGCAUUUUAAGGUAAGUGACAAAGCAAUGGCCACGGUUGUAUGCUUAAUACGUUAUACUCAAAACUUGCAAACCACAAAGUAAAUAAGAAAAAUAAAUUAAGCUAAUAUAUACAGUAUAUAUACAGUAUAUAUAGUAAUUGUAAAACCAUUGUCCAAAAGAUGUGAUAAAACGUUUGUCUCCCCAUUUAUGCUGAAAGGAACAUUAACUGAACCACAGUCAGAAUUCCUCAGAUGUCAUCUGCAGUUUUCAGUUACAUACGAGCAGAAGUACUGCUUCAAAAUUAAUUUCAGCACACAAUGAAAUAAUACCUGUGUCUAUGUUUUCAUUUUUUAAGAUGUGUUUGAGAUUUAAUUUUAGGUAAAGAUUCUGUCUGUGGUGUUGGUCAUGGGUCACUAGAAUAGUAGAUUUUGGCCGUUUAUGGUUCAUGAAUUACAGAGGUGUGUGUACGGGGUGGGGGGGAGAAUAAAAUCCAAAUGCUUAACCAAUGUGGGAUCCAGUUGUAUACAGAAACACUCCUACAGUAACAUUAUAACUGCAAACACUGGCUUGGUUUGGUUUGACUGACAUUACACAACAUCUGAUCAACAGUAACAGAGUUUAAGAAGAUGAUUAAUCUCAUUUAUCUAGAGUGAAUGAACGCACCAGGUGGUGUGGUUGCUCGUUUUGGAGUGUUCUUGUAAAUUGGCAUACUGAAAAGACAGGUUUGGUUACUGAGAAAUAUUGGAUUCUGGUGUUGGUCUGACGAAGCACAGCACUUUUUGAAAAUUUCCCUCCACACUGUGGUACAUCCAGUAUUGGUUGUCUCAGUUCAGGCUCUUUGUUUCCACAUGCAUGGUGAGGUACUCUUUGGUGUUUGCCUUAUUUCCACCCUCAGGCAUGGGGCAUCUUUUUUAGCAGCUUGAUGCCAGCAGAGAUGAUUGAACAUGUAGGCUUUAUGGCCAAAUUAAUACUUAAUACUUAAUACUGACUGGCUCUGGUCAGUCCUUCUUGACCCUGCUGUGGAAAAGUAACCAGACCAGAAGUCUUUCUGAAGAAACUGCACCAGUGUGGAAAGCUAUAAGUCUUGAGCUGAUGACACAUGGCCAACAUUUUGAUGGCUAAUUGUGACUUCAGCAGGGAUAACAACUACUGAGACAAAGUCAGUGUAGAAAAACUGAGAUUUAACAAGUGUAUCAUGAUGAAAAAUUGAUUGGUAAAGUUGCCUAUUUACAUUUUUGCCUCAGAUUGUUACCCCUAAUGCAGACUGUUGUUGUUAUCUUUGAUCACGUAUUUAACUCCCAGGGACAUAGUAGUUAAGCAAAUAUGUUGGCCUAAAUAUCAUAAUUCACUGCUCUGUUCAUUUUUCUUUUUUGGUCUCCAGAAUCCUCCAUGUAUACAACUAAACCACUGUCACUCUCCUGUAUAUGAAAACAAGUUGUAAAUGGUGUCAAUAACAAAUUUUCUUUUGUAAAAGAAAGGUUUUAAUAAGAGGUUUAUGGUAACACUAUAUUUUCUUUUCCCUGUUUAAUUUCUGAUGUACAUGAAAGAUGUGUAAAAUAGAAAUUGUCACCUUAAUAAAUUAAAUCAAAAAUGUGA